GCAGGCUGAGGCCGGGAAGGGUCGGGGGCGAGGCCGCGUCGCCGCCUCCCCGAAGCCUUUUCCUGUUGGGGGGAGGGCCCGCCGGUGACGGCCGGGCCUGUCACGUGGGCCUGACAGCUGGGGAGGGGGUGGCCGGCGACAAUGUGGUCCCGAAGCGACCAGCGCCGGGAGCUGCAGCGCUGAGACCCCCAGCCCGCCUGACCCAGCCCGCCCCCUCGGGCUCCCGGCCGGGGCCCCAUCAUGUUCUCCAGGAAGAAACGAGAGCUCAUGAAAACCCCUUCCAUCUCGAAAAAGAACCGCGCGGGAAGCCCCAGCCCGCAGCCCUCGGGGGAGCUGCCCAGGAAGGACGGGGCUGACGCGGUGUUCCCUGGAACAAGCCUGGAGCUGCCCGCUGGGUCCUCCGGUGUCAAGGCCACAGGGACCCUCAAGCGGCCCACUAGCCUGAGCCGCCACGCCAGCGCGGCUGGCUUCCCCCUGUCGGGUGCUGCCUCCUGGACACUGGGCCGGAGCCACCGGAGCCCACUGACGGCCGCCAGCCCGGGCGAGCUGCCCACCGAGGGCACCGGCCCGGACGUCGUCGAAGACAUCUCCCAUCUGCUGGCGGACGUGGCCCGCUUCGCUGAGGGCCUUGAGAAACUCAAGGAGUGUGUGUUGCGUGACGACCUCCUUGAGGCCCGCCGCCCGCUGGCCCACGAGUGCCUGGGCGAGGCCCUGCGUGUCAUGCGUCAGAUCAUCUCCAAGUAUCCGCUGCUGAACACCGUGGAGACGCUCACGGCAGCCGGCACCCUCAUUGCCAAGGUCAAAGCCUUCCAUUAUGAGAGCAACAAUGAUCUGGAGAAACAGGAGUUUGAGAAGGCCCUGGAGACGAUUGCUGUGGCCUUCAGUAGCACAGUGUCCGAGUUCCUCAUGGGUGAAGUGGACAGCAGCACCCUCCUAGCAGUGCCUCCCGGGGACUCAAGCCAGUCCAUGGAAAGCCUGUAUGGAUCGGGCAGUGAAGGCACCCCUCCCAGCCUGGAUGACUGUGACGCCGGCUGCCUGCCUGCCGAGGAGGUAGACGUGCUGCUGCAGCGCUGUGAGGGGGGCGUGGAUGCCGCACUGCUGUAUGCCAAGAACAUGGCCAAGUACAUGAAGGACCUCAUCAGCUACCUGGAGAAGCGGACGACGCUGGAGAUGGAGUUUGCCAAGGGCCUGCAGAAGAUGGCUCACAACUGCAGACAGAGCGUCACGCAGGAGCCCCACAUGCCGCUCCUGUCUAUCUACUCGCUGGCCCUGGAGCAGGACCUGGAGUUCGGCCACGGCAUGGUGCAGGCGGUGGGCACUUUGCAGACCCAGACCUUCAUGCAGCCCCUGACCCUGCGGCGGCUUGAACACGAGAAGCGCAGGAAGGAGAUCAAGGAGGCCUGGCACCGCGCCCAGAGGAAGCUGCAAGAGGCGGAGUCCAACCUGCGCAAGGCCAAGCAGGGUUACACACAGCGCUGCGAGGACCACGACAAGGCUCGCUUCCUCGUGGCUAAGGCGGAGGAGGAGCAGGCUGGCACCGCGCCGGGAGCGGGCAGCACGGCCACCAAGACCCUGGACAAGCGGCGGCGGCUGGAGGAGGAGGCCAAGAACAAGGCGGAGGAAGCUAUGGCCACCUACCGCACCUGCGUGGCCGACGCGAAGACGCAGAAGCAGGAGCUGGAGGAUACCAAGGUGACGGCGCUGCGGCAGAUCCAGGAGGUCAUCCGACAGAGCGACCAGACCAUCAAGUCGGCCACGAUCUCCUACUACCAGAUGAUGCAUAUGCAGACGGCGCCGCUGCCCGUGCACUUCCAGAUGCUUUGUGAGAGCAGCAAGCUGUAUGACCCAGGCCAGCAGUACGCCUCCCAUGUGCGCCAGCUGCAGCGGGACCAGGAGCCCGAUGUGCACUACGACUUUGAGCCCCACGUCUCCGCCAAUGCCUGGUCCCCCGUCAUGCGUGCCCGGAAGAGCAGCUUCAACGUGAGUGAUGUGGCGGGGCCCGAGGCUGCCGGGAGCCCCCCAGAAGAAGGCGGGUGCAUUGAGGGCACACCUGUCAAGGGCCACAGGGGUGAGUGUCCGGCGGGGCCCAGGGGCGGACGCUGGCUCCCUGCGACCCACCCUGGUCCUUCACCAGAGACGCCUCUUUCUCCAGCCGGGCGAGGACACCAGGUUCACAAGUCAUGGCCGCUCUCGAUCUCAGACUCGGCCAGUGGGCUGGACCCCGGCCCUGGCGCAGGGGACUUUAAGCAGUUCGAGCGGACGUCAUCCAGUGGUACCAUGUCGUCCACGGAGGAGCUGGUGGACCCAGAGGGUGGAGCCGGGGCUUCAGCCUUUGAGCAGGCUGACCUCAACGGCAUGACCCCUGAGCUGCCGGUGGCCGUGCCCAGUGGACCGUUCCGCCACGAGGGGCUGUCCAAGGCGGCCCGUACUCACCGGCUCCGGAAGCUCCGCACGCCCGCCAAGUGCCGCGAGUGCAACAGCUACGUCUACUUCCAGGGUGCUGAGUGUGAAGAGUGCUGCCUGGCCUGCCACAAGAAAUGUCUGGAGACGCUGGCCAUACAGUGCGGGCACAAGAAGCUGCAGGGCCGCCUGCAGCUGUUCGGCCAGGACUUCAGCCACGCGGCCCGCAGCGCCCCUGACGGCGUGCCCUUCAUCGUCAAGAAGUGCGUCUGCGAGAUCGAGCGGCGGGCGCUGCGCACCAAGGGCAUCUACCGGGUGAAUGGGGUAAAGACACGCGUGGAGAAGCUGUGCCAGGCCUUCGAGAACGGCAAGGAGCUGGUCGAGCUGUCGCAGGCCUCGCCCCACGACAUCAGCAACGUCCUCAAGCUCUACCUGCGUCAGCUUCCCGAGCCGCUCAUCUCCUUUCGCCUCUACCACGAGCUCGUAGGGCUGGCCAAGGACAGCCUGAAGGCAGAGGCUGAGGCCAAGGCGGCGUCCCGGGGCCGGCAGGACAGCUCGGAGAGCGAGGCAGUGGCGGUGGCCAUGGCAGGUCGGCUGCGGGAGCUCCUGCGGGACCUGCCGCCUGAGAACCGGGCCUCGCUGCAGUACCUGCUGCGGCACCUGCGCAGGAUCGUGGAGGUGGAGCAGGACAACAAGAUGACCCCCGGGAACCUGGGCAUCGUGUUCGGGCCCACGCUGCUUCGGCCACGGCCCACUGAGGCCACCGUGUCCCUCUCCUCCCUGGUGGAUUACCCCCACCAGGCCCGCGUCAUCGAGACUCUCAUCGUCCACUACGGUCUGGUCUUCGAGGAGGAGCCGGAGGAGAUCCCCGGGGGCCAGGAUGAGUCAUCCAACCAGCGAGCCGAGGUAGUCGUCCAGGUGCCGUACCUGGAGGCGGGCGAGGGGGUGGUCUACCCCCUGCAGGAGGCGGCAGAGGACGGGUGCAGAGAAUCCCGAGUUGUGUCCAACGAUUCAGAUUCGGACCUAGAGGAGGCCUCCGAGCUGUUGUCCUCAUCGGAGGCCAGUGCCCUGUGCCGCCUCAGCUUCCUGGAGCAGCAGCAGAGCGAGGCCAGCCUAGAGGAGGCUUCUGGCAGCCACAGCGGCAGUGAGGAGCAGCUGGAGACCACGGCCCGGGAGGAUGGGGACGGGGACGAGGACAGCUCGGCCCAGCAGCUUUCAGGAUUCAACACCAACCAGUCCAACAAUGUGCUGCAGACCCCACUGCCCCCCAUGAGGCUCCGUGGCGGGCGGAUCACGCUGGGCUCCUGCAAGGAGAGGCAGCCAGAAUUUGUGUGAGCUGGGGUGGGGCUGGGACCACAGGUGGCUUCUCUCUUGCCUGCUCCUGUCCCUCCAGCACGUCCCCUGCGCCACGGCAUAGCUUAGGUGCGCCAUCCUGGGGUCGCUGCCAAGAGCGCCUGGACUUCGAUGUCCCACCAGCAUGCGCCUCCUCCCAGAGGCUUCCAGGAGCACGAGGGCCUUGGGGCACAGGAGUGUGCCCUGCGCUCUCCCCUGCACCCCGGCUCAGCUGAGCUGGGGAACACUGCUGUCUUGUGAAGUCACGGUGGCCUUGUCGGUGCCCACAGGGCUGUGUGGAUGGAGGAAGCUGUCCCUGCCCAGCGCAUCCCCCUGGUCAUCACAGGGAUGGCAGGCCCUGCCCCGCCCUCUCCUCACAGGUCUGUUGCAGGGACUCCAGAAACCGUUCUGGGAGCCGUGGAUGGGGGUGGAGGCUGGGGUUUGGUGCAGUUUCCAGGGUGCAGUACAGCAGGGCCUGAACACUGGCCCUGGACUCCCUUUUCCAGAACACCAGGUGUGGCCACCUGGGGCUCAGGUGCGCAGUGAGGCCUCUCCGAAGCCACCGUGUAGUUCUUUCACAGGCACGUUUAUUUUGCUGAAAUAAAGUUUUUAAUCGGG